AUGCAAGAACUCCUCACCGAAGCGGUCAAUAUCCCCUUUGUUCUUGAACAGUUCGACUUGCUGCCUACGCGUCCAUCGGGUUCUACUCAGACUCACAAUAAUGCACUGCAAGAUGAAUUUCGAGUACUCCUGAAACGCCUUCAUUCAUGGAAAGCGACGUACGCAAGCAAAUCACAAGGUCCAUUAUACUGGUCAUACCCAGGUGACAGGCCUCCAGACCCAGACGAAGAAAUCUGGCUCUGGUUCGACAACGUGGUAGUGGCCAAUGCUCUCACUCAUUAUUGGGCAUUUACUGCAAUUUGCUUGGUUCAUAUACAAAGGCUACGCUUUGCGACCAAUGAUUUCAGCGCUAGCAGCACGAUUCAGACACGAGCGGCAUAUGUUGAAGCACUUUCCAUGAUUUGCAGAAGCAUUCCAUUUCUGUUUGAGGAAAGUCAUGAGCUAUAUGGCCCUUCUUCCGUCGCCUUCCUCUUGAGCACUGUCGUGAGUAUCCUGAACUGGGAUGAGGAGCUCUACGGUUCGAGGAUUACCAUCAAUCAAAAUCUUGUAGAAUAUGCCAAAGACCAAGGCUUUUGUUGGGUAUCAUAG